UGGAAGAGAGGGAGAUCGAAUACUGCGUGAGGAGCCAGCUUCUCUGUGUGCGUGCCACCAACUACUACUUGCACUGGAUUUAAAGCAUCUUCAGUACAACCCGCAAGUGGGGAUGAAAAGCUGUCCAAACUGAAAUUCAGGAAAAGGAGGAGAAAGAAAAAAAAAAAAAAACAAAAGCUAAGUGAGCAGCUCUGUGAAGCCUGGCUGUGGGAAGAUAGAAAAAGAGCAUCUAUAAAACAAACGAGCAGAUCAGAAUCAGCACUGUUUUGGAAGCAUGUAUAAUUCGGUAUGUUUCAUCAUCCUGUCAUGGGUGUUUGCUGUGCUUGUGUUCCCAGGAGUUCCAGCCAGAAGCGGGGAUUCUGUAUUAAAGGACAACAUCACCGUCAGACAGGGGGACAGCGCCGUCUUAAAAUGCAAUGUGGACAACAAAGUGUCACGAGUGGCAUGGCUGAAUCGCACCACCAUUCUAUUCGCAGGAAGUGAGAAGUGGUCUCUGGAUCCUCGCGUCAUCCUGAUGGAAAACACAGCUGCCACAGAGUACAGCAUCAAGAUCCAAAAUGUUGAUGUCCAUGACGAGGGGCCCUAUGUCUGCUCUAUCCUCACAAACAAGAAACCAAAAUCCACAAAAGUGCAUCUCAUCGUUCAAGUACCAGCCAGGAUCACCAACAUAUCAAGGGACAUCACAGUGAACGAGGGCAGCAGUGUUAAUCUUAUGUGCCUGGCAGUCGGUCGACCUGAGGCCAACAUCAUCUGGAAGCACCAUUCACCAAGAGGCACCCAUAAAUUUGUGAUGGAAGGAGAACAUCUGGAGCUGACAGCCAUCACCAAAGAGCAGUCAGGAUCAUAUGAAUGCAUUGCCUCUAAUGACAUUUUAAGCCCUGAUGUCCGGACAGUUCAAGUCACCGUCAACUAUCCUCCCUUCAUUUCUAAGGCAAGGAGUACAGGUACCCCAGUUGGACAAAAAGGAGUUCUGCAAUGUGAAGCCUCUGCCGUCCCAAGGGCAGAUUUUGAGUGGUACAAAGAAGACCGCAGGCUUUUCAAUGGACUAAAUGGGGUCAAGAUAGAAAAUCAAGGUAAACAGUCAAUGCUCGUCUUUUUCAACGUCUCAGAAGAAGACUAUGGAAAUUACACUUGCGUGGCCAUGAACACCAUGGGAAUCACUAAUGCCAGCAUAAUCCUUUAUGGUCCUGGUGCGAUGCAUGAUGUGAAUGGCGCUGCAGUGUUGCCCCGUUGCUCCGUAUGUCUCCUGCUGACUGUAACCUUAAUCUACCUGCUGAAGUUCUGAUGUGAAAUGUGACAACCUUCAAUCUUCUCUCAACAUUGAACAGCACGAACAGACUAUUAGUCCUAUUAGAAGAAUGGAAAUCCAAGAGUGCCAGUGGUUCACCUUUAGUUAACUUUCUUUUUUCUUUCUGGCUUUGCAAUGGAGUCUGUUCUCUGUUGGCUCGCCAAGAGUGAGGGGCAUCAAUCCAAGGAGGGGGAAAAUUUGAAUCCUGCACUAAUUUGAUGAUGGUAGAACUACUGAGUUUGUGUCUCCCCAAACCUUUUUGUAUGUGGAAAGGGAAAAAGAAAAAAAUAUACAUGUAACUGUUGAUAGUUGACUGUUUAUUGCCCAAUAUUGAAGUGUACAUUCAGAUUAUUAUUAUUGUGUCACGUCCUGUUCAAUAUCUGUACAAUACCAUUAAGCUUUUUUUAAGUAAACCACAAAAAAGGGAAAAAAAUGCAAUGUGAUUGUUGAAUUUUACUGUAUUUUUACAGUUGUAUGCAAAACAGAAUAACAGAUCAUUCAUGAUAAACAGUUCAGAAUAAUAAAUAGAACACCAUGAUUUCUCAGGCAAUGUCCUACAUCAUAGUGCAUCAGAAUUUUUAUUUCUGUUCUAGUGUGUGUAGAAAAUGUACAAAUGUGUACAGACAGUUCCUGCACUGUUGUUUUUCAAAAUACAUACAUUUAUCAAAUGGCAUUUCUGAAACACCUAAUCACAGUGUCAUAGCAGCUUCAUGGCAUAUUCAUGCUCACUAGAGAAAAUUGGAAAUGAGAUUUUCAGACUAAACAUUUAUGUCAAGUAUCAUUUAGGGUAGAAGUGUGGGCCAGUGUGUCACUUCAUUCUCUCUAGUGACAAAUUAUAUGAAGUUUAAACUUGUUUAACAGAACUGUUAACCUACAGGUAGUGCUGACGGCAUUAGUGAAGGGUCAUGUUAGUGAAUGGUCUAAUUAGCAACUUGGCACUGAACUGAUUUCUCACUAAGUGGUGCUGUUAAUUUAGGAAUCUACACGUAAUUUGUAAAAGUACAUAUUCCUUAUAAACCUGAUGAUAUUUUUGGCUUAUUUGAAAGUUGCAACUAGUAUAAUUUAUAAGUUAUCAAGUUAUCUAAAAAACCUACAAAAAUGCAUUCAUAUUUAAUAUAUAAUCUUAACAAUAAGUUUCUCAGGCAGCCACAGUGGUCCUCAAGUAUUCUUAGUUGAACAGUGGACUUUUAUGCAAUAUUUUUUUGUUUGUUUGUUUUGAUUUGCAAAGCCAAACAGGUUGCAGCUUAUCACAAAUCAUUUUGGGGUUAUUUAUUUUUAUUUAUUUAUUUUUUUCAUAUUGAUCUGCAGGUGAGAAAUAAACAGUCCAGUACUUUAUAGUGAAUGGUUAUGUUAUUUAACAUAUCUCUUAAAACCAUACAUACACAUUCAAGUAUCCACUACCAAUAAAUGAGAACUUGCAAAAUAAUGUACACUAUAUAUCUUUAUUUCUGUCCAGGCAGUCGAUUGUUUUCUCCUUCUAAUAACUGUAUGAUUUUUAUUAUUAUCUUUUCUUAUUAUUAGUAUUUUAUUACCUUUAAUUUAACUUAUUGGUGUUAUGGUUACUUGGUUAAUUGUUGUGUGGUAAUGUAUAUGAAAGUAUGCACUGCGCUUCUACCACACUACAGUAACAUAACUUUGAUGAGGAAAAAAGUAAAUGUUCAUUGUGACAGAUACUUAAAACUUAAGUUGAUUUUAGUCUGUAAGUUGAUUUUAGAAUAGUAAUGUUCUUUAAUUUACAUUAUUGUUAUGAUCAAGUUUAAUACCCAAAUAUACUCAAGCAGGAAAAAAAGAUGUUUUAUCAUAUUUAUCACCAAGGUAUUAAAAUGUUUUGAUUUUAAUGUGAAGUGUUGGAGUAGCUGGAUAAACUGACUUGAUUUAGAACCCUUUAAUUUUAAAUGUGUCUGUGGAGGCAGAUGUGUUUUUGUCAAUUUUAACUAAAAAAGUGGUGCACUACUCCAGUCCACAUCCAGGCCACAGUAAGAAUAUUUCAUGAAUGACAGGACAAUAAAGUCAACUUGGAUGAAUGUUCCGUGUAGCUGCUAUGAAGCUUUUUUCAGGUGUUAUGAAUGUGUGCUUUUAACCUGGUUUGCCCUGAGAUAAAUGGCAGACACUCUUCUCAAGACUGCAGGAGUGACUGUUCUGUGGUUGGUGGAGACAUUUUCAAGGGACAUUUUUCAGUCUGCCUUGCACAGAAAUUUCCAGUGAUGAGAAUAUACUUACAGCACAAGUGAUUGAUAGUGUGAUGUUCUGCUAUUGUCCAACUCACUCCUGUGCAUUCCUAUGAGUAAGAAGUGUAUUGAAGACAAAACAACAGGGAUGAGAUUGAUGUAUGUGGGAAUGCUAUUGUUGUACUCACAUGUUAAGUUAUGUGCUUGUGAUGAUGGUGAACCAGUCAGCUGCGGACUAUGUCACAGGAUGUGAUUUCACUUUUUGGGGGUUUGCAAAAAAAAAAAAAAAAAGAAAAAAGAAAAAAAAAAGAAAAAAAGGUGAGGUUAAAAUGCCUGCAAAACUAAAGUGAAGGGUUACUGUAAUGCUUUUCAUCCCAGAUAGAUGAACAUGAUAAAUAUUGAUGUCAAUAAGCUUGAAUCAAUUCGUUUUAAAUCCCCAUUAAAACAGAACUGAUACUGGAAUUUACUUAAGGUGUAUUUUUGCAUAUAAUAAGUUGUAAUUUGUUUUUUUUAUGGUUUAAGGAUUUUGCAUUUAUGCAUUCCACAUUAUGUAUACACCUCCUCAAAGCAUAAUUCUCUGGGCAUUUUAAAGUUUGCAGUAUUUGUCCUUUUUUCCCCAAACAAUUGAGUUUUGCAAUGUAUUCUUCCAUCAAUGGGUGCAUUGUUGACCUGUUUUAUAUGUUCUCUGACUAUACUGGAGGUUCAGCAUACAGUAGUCACAUAUGCGGUAUAUAGUCAUUGUAUCAUUUGAUUAAGAAAUUGCAAAAUUGUCCAUAAACUGCUUAAAUGUGAA